CCAGGCUGCUAUCAAACAUCACAGCACUCCCGAGGCACUCGGUACCCAGCACUGAGACAUCUAUCCCUCAAGUUGACAAUGACGUGCAGCAGCAAGAACUUGCUCCUGGCCGCUUUGAUGCCAGUGCUCUUGCUCCACCUCUGCAGCAAGUCAGAAGCAGCAAGCAACUUUGACUGCUGUCUCGGAUAUACAGAACGAAUACUUCACCCCAGUAUUCUUGUGGGCUUCACACAGCAGCUGGCCAAUGAAGCCUGUGACAUCAAUGCAGUUGUCUUUUACACCAGGAAAAAAUUAGCUGUGUGUGCAGAUCCAAAGAAGAAGUGGGUGAAACAAGUUGUGCAUAUGCUCAGUCAAAGAGUCAAAAGGAUGUAAAAAUGGAUGCUCCCUGGAAUGGAAUUGGGCAGAGCCCAAGAAUGAAAGGAACCUGGCUGAGUUGACAGUUUCACUUACCCCUUGUUGAGGGCUCAAAGCUUAUCUGAUUUGUGUCUCAUUGGACUUGUCCAAUUAGUGAAGUUGAUUCAUAUUGCAUCAUAGUUUGCUUUGUUAAGCAUCAUAUUAUAUUCUAUUUUAUGUUAUGUUAUUUAUAUGUGUGUUUUGUGUGUGUGUUUUGCUAUUUAAUACUAGUUUUCCAUAAGCUAUAUGGUUUAGAAUGAGGUAUAAAGUUAUGCUUGAAGGAAUAAGAUACAUGGAUUUUCUUGAGCAGAAGGCUAUUUUAAAAAGACAUUUAACACUCUUGUUUGUAUAGCUUUGUUUCCUAAAUUGCUGUAAUUACUUUGCAAAAGACAAAAAUGAUGAGAAGAAUAAAAGUUGAAAAUAAAAGAACUAAACAUUG